AUGGCGUACAAUCCGCGAAUGAGCAUUAUUCCAACCUCGCAGCAGCAAUCGCGGACUCGAAAAAAGGAGGAAGAAGCAGAUGCUUUCAUGCGUCUCCCCGACCGCGAAAUCGUUGGCUGCAUCACCGACAUCGGCAUCAACUUCACUGUCGCAGAUCUUCAGAAGCCAAAUGCAGCACAUGUUCAGCAAAUUUUUGAGUGGUUCGCCGAGCUCCUCCUCAAUGCGACGCGUGAGACUGUUGAGCCGGCCAUGAGAGCCGCUGCCGAGGAUAUUGUGGGAGAAUACUCGGAUGUCAUCCCUCCGGACACUCGUAACCUGAUGGGCUUUUAUGUGUCGCUGCGCAGGCUGUUGUUUGAGUGCGGCAUCACCGAUUUCAGCUUCAACGACUUGUAUAAGCCGACAUAUGAUCGCCUCGUCAAGAUCUUCAGUUACCUAAUCAAUUUUGUUCGAUUCCGUGAGUCACAAACGGCUGUUAUCGACCAGUACUAUAACAAGGCAGAGUCGACAAAAACACGCAUUGAGACGCUCUAUGCCGAGAACCAGGAGAACGAGGGUCGUCUGGAAGAUAUGAAACACAACCGCAAAGCAAUGGAGGCGCAGGUCCGAGAAAAGACGAUGAGGAAUGAGGAGCUCAAGAAGAGAUUGCUAGAGCUUCGACGGAACCAGGAAAGGGUUGCCGCACGGCUGGAAGAGGCCAAACAGAAGAAGGGCGAGCUCACUGCAGUGUUGGAACAAAAGACCCACGAAAAGGUUACCUUGAAACAGGAAAGCACAAAGCUGCGACCUUAUGUGCUCCAGAGCGCCUCAGAUCUUCAGGAGAACUUGGCCGAGCUACGUGAAAUUCUCAACAACGAUAAAUCACACAUCGACGCAUUGGACCGAAGAGCGCGAGCCCUGCAGACCUCAACGGAUUCAUUCUCAGUCGUCUCGACAGAUGUUGCGUCAUGCAUAAAGAUCCUCGAUGAGAUCGCUGCGGAGCUGGCCAAGGAAGAGGAAGAGCUAGCACGCAAUGCAAAGCAGCGUGAUGCUCUCUCAGAGCGCGGUAACAACGCGCGUGAAGUCGAGCGCACCGAGACUAUGCUGAAACGUCAGUUGAGCAAAUGGACAGAGAGGACAGAGAAACUCCGCGAGCAGAGCAACCAGAAGGCGAGGGAGGCGAAGGAGAAGAUGCAUGAACUCCGGGCAGUGCACAAGCAGCUCACAGAGGAACAGACUGAGAAGGGUAAGGAGAUGGAGGUCCGACGUGUCAGAAUCGAGCAGACUGAGAAAAAGAUGCUUGACUUGAAGGAGAACAUUGAGAAUGAGGUUCAUAGUGCGCAUGAAGAGUACCGCAAGAUGGAGGCACAUAUUAAGCUAUACAUUGCUGAGAUGGAGCAGGCUAUUGCCUAA